AAAGAAGGGGCGCUCCACUUCUUGGAGCCCAUCACGGAAGGAAAAGAAGUCUGGGCUACAAGUCCACAGGACAACAGCAUCAGUAGCAGUGGGGCCUUCUCAACAAGGCUGGAAGACUGUGGGUGUGGGGCCCUCCAUGGUGGUUGGCCUGAUUACAAGCAGGCCCCAGAGCGGAGCACUGGGAACAGAUAAAGAAAGUAAAGAUCUAGCCAAGCAGAUCCAGCCAAGCAGUGCUGCAGGGAAACAGGAACCCCCCAGGAGCCAGAUGUCCAAGAACAAACUGAAAAAGGCUCUGAGUUCAGCUCGACAAAGAAGCAGCCUUACUUUUGUAACCAUCUAUAGUGUCCUGUCCUCAUCUAUGCAGAAACUGAAACUGUCAAAAAGCAGGGAAGAUUCUAAGCAGGUGGCUGUCAAGCCUUCCAAACGUGUAACAAUCUCAGGCGUGAUUGGCCCAUCAGGGAAAAGUGUCCCGGAGGAGAAGAAGGAGGAAGAAGAGGCAGGGAAUCCUGACCUCCACACAGUUGGCAAUCUGAGGAUGGAUGCAGGCUCCAGUGCAGCAGCUAUGAUGGGGACAGAUACAGACCGCCCACCCCCACAGUCCCACGCUUCAAUGGGAGAAGGAGCCCCUGAGGCAAAGAGUCCUGCAGUUGGGGGUGGCAACUCAGAAGCAGCUGAAUUCUCAAGGCCAGGCAGCCAGAUCAUUGCCAGGGAGCCUGGUGUGGCAAACGUGACUUCCCAGAAGUCUGACCAGAUCAAGGAUGUGGGACAGCCCAGCACUCCCCACCUGGAGGAUCAAGAUUAG